AUGAGACAUGGAUCAUUAUCAAACUUUCUCUUCAAAUCAGAAACAAAACCACAUUGGAAUGACAGAGUGAAAAUAACUUUGGGCAUUGCUCGCGGCAUCUUAUAUCUGCAUGAAGAUUGCGAGAAUAAGAUCAUUUAUUGUGACAUAAAUCCCAACAACAUAUUGAUCGAUGAGAAUCGUGAUGUCAAAAUUGUAGAUUUUGGAUUGACAAAGCUACUAAUGCCAGAUCAAACAAGGACACACACCGGGAUUAGAGGAACGAGGGGGUUCGUGGCUCCAGAGUGGCACAAGGGCCAGCCUAUUACAACCAAAGCUGAUGUUUACAUCUUUGGAAUUGUUCUUUUGGUGAUCAUAUGUUGUCGUCCAAGUGUUGAUGUUAGUGUUCCUGAAGAAGAAGCCAUCUUAGUGGAUUGGGUUUACGAGUGUUUCAUGAAAAAUAAUUGGACAGGUCUAAUGAUUGAUGAAGAAGUGAACGAGAAAGAGUUUGACAGAUUGUUGAAGAUUGGGAUUUGGUAUUGCGAGAAUAAGAUCAUUCAUUGUGACAUAAAUCCCAACAACAUAUUGAUCGAUGAGAAUCGUGAUGUCAAAAUUGCAGAUUUUGGAUUGACAAAGCUACUAAUGCUAGAUCAAACAAGGACACACACCGGGAUUAGAGGAACGAGGGGGUUCGUGGCUCCAGAGUGGCACAAGGGCCAGCCUAUUACAACCAAAGUUGAUGUUUACAUCUUUGGAAUUGUUCUUUUGGUGAUCAUAUGUUGUCGUCCAAGUGUUGAUGUUAGUGUUCCUGAAGAAGAAGCCAUCUUAGUGGAUUGGGUUUACGAGUGUUUCAUGAAUAAUAAUUGGACAAGUCUAAUGAUUGAUGAAGAAGUGAACGAGGAAGAGUUUGACAGAUUGUUGAAGAUUGGGAUUUGGUGUAUACAAGUAGAGCCAACAAUUCGUCCUCCUAUGAAGAAGGUAGUGGCCAUGGUGGAAGGAACUCUAGCUAUUCCUAUUCCUCCAUGCAUAGUUUCUUGCAAUGAUUCCUCCUCGUAUUUCUUAGAUAUAGCUCACGCUUAA